AUGAGUGAAGGCGAGCGGACACCGCACAACAACCGAGUACAAAACGCGAGCUCCCAACUAGCAACGUUGGGCCGUGAAUGGGCAUUCAAUACGUCGGCGAAAGCCCCGAAGACCCUCUUUGAAGGCACUGCAUCAAAGCUUGUUCCUAUCGAUGACGAGACUGAUAAGCCGUUGUUGCCAGAUGGUCGGAAGGAUAUAUGUUGUGACUACGGAGAAUUGACCGACAAUGGCCGAGCCACCUCAACCGAGCUCGGCCGUGAACUUCGCAAGCUCUAUGUGGAGCAGCUGAGAUUCCUGCCCCCGAUGCUGAACAAUAUCAGAAUGAUCUAUCUCCGAAGCACACAGUAUCAGAGGACUUUCGUCUCUUUGCAACAUGUUUUUCGCGGUCUCUAUCCCCCAGACGUCGUUAACCACAGCCUGCAGGACAUGCUGGUAUUCGUUGAGGACCCCAAACAUGAGUCGCUUCUGCCACCCGAGGAUUACAGCGAGAGAUUUGCCGUGUUACUUUGGCAAUUCUCUAGGAGAGCCGCAAUCAAAUGGAACAACUCACCUGAGAUGAAGCAAAUCAAUGCCAAAUUGGGGCCCUGGAUGCCCGAAAUCGUUCCCAUCGGGGUGGAUUCUCAGCCUGUGAAGUUACACGACAUUCAUGAUACGAUUUCUGCCGUGGCAGCGACUUCGGAGCCCGAACAAUUCCUCCCCCCCGAACUUCUCGAUCCUGGCGUGAGGUCUACAAUGGAGAAAAUCUGUGCCGAAGAAGAGUUCGCCGGAUAUGCCCACAAUAAGGAGUUUCGCAGCCUCGGUGUCGGAAGGAUGCUACAAGAAGCUCUUCAACGCAUGCUUGGCGCAAAGCGUCAGGUUCAGCAGACGUUUACUACGGGGCAAAGCACAUCUGGACCCCGGAUGUUUCUUUCCGCGUGUCACGAUUCCGCAAUUGCGGGAGUUCUGGCAUCCCUGGGUGCCAUGAGCGAUUCGGAGUGGCACUGGCCACCGUACGCCGCUCACAUCGCGAUUGAACUUUUCUGCAAGGUUGAAGAAGACGCUAUGCUUGGCAAGAUACAUACUGCGGAGCCUCAAUCCUGGUAUGUCCGCCUCAAGUACCAAGGCAAGCCUGUGGUGCUGCCCUGCGGGGCUGGAAAGGGCUACCACCUGCCCGGGCAUCAAGACAUUUGCAAUUUUCAAGCUCUCAAAGGGGCAAUAGAGGAGUUUGCUCCAGAAGGAUGGCAUGCUCUUGGCCCUUCUGGUUCCCAGUCGAGCAAGAAAUUAUAA